AUGUUCCGUCUCGCUUUUCUCGCUCUGGCCACUCUGGCAGCUGCCCAGGGACCCAAGCUGGCCCUCUUCUUCACUGGCAAGGACUACGCAGGCGAAUUCGCCUCCGCCGAGGUGGAUGGGAACUGUACCAAUCCCACCGACCUGGUUCCUACCUGGAACGGAACCGUUGGCUCUGCGUAUCUGUCUGGUGAUGUGAAAUGCAACGUGUGGGAUGCUACUGGAUGUUCUGGCAACGCUGUCUCUAUUGACAAUUCUACCUCCGACUUGACCGAGGAUUAUCCCCUGGCGCAGUAUGUGGCGAGUGUGAGCUGCGAGUAA